AUGGAUAAACCUGUUUUUUGGACACAACAGGCUCAUGAUGGGGCCUACUUGACAUAUGGACCAGCAAUUAUGGACCUGAUUUUACUUCAGAGCAGAUUCAUUGCAGUUGGUACUUCGGGACUUCUUAGACCAUUGGAGGUGCGUAUCAAGAUGCGGGGAUAUCUUCAAGCAUGGAAACCUAGCAUCUUCGCUGCAGGUCUGGUAUUCAGUGACGCCAUUGUUGACAACACAAUCAUAGGGAACCAGAUGUUUAUCCUGAGAGGCAUUUUGGGGAAGAAUAUGUCACGCAAUGCAGCAAUCUCUGCUAUGCAAAUGAGCUUGAGAUCUUUAAUGGCAAUCACUGGGAGCUUUCUCACUGAUGCUUAUUUUGGCCCUAGUCAUUUUAUCUUGUUUAAUAUGGAAAGAGGGAGAAGCUUCUAUCUACAUCACGUGUUUCCUAAUGGCAAUAGGCCAAGGUUGUUUUGAACCGUUGCUCGAAAACCAC